AUGAGCUACUUGUUUCAAGAUGAGAUGAAGCUCUUCGGGCCGGCCUCGGCAUUAUUUCCUGCGCAGAUGAUCGCAUAUGCCUGGUUUGAGAGGCACCGAACUUACAAUCAAAGUGGCAUAGACUUUAUGAAGGGGGUCGUCGCCCAAUUCGUCCAAAAGGGCUUACUAUCUACGCCGCGUCUGGUAUAUGGCAAAAGCUCUCAAUACGCGGAUAUUGAGUCUGACGCCAGCUUCACAGAAGCCGACCUGGUGGCAUGGAACUCCUGGCUCGCUGGCAAUUGCGACACGGCUCCUUACACAAACCUCAACAAUAGCGAUAGCCGCGCAGUCUGUAUCGGAGUGGGCUCUGCAACAUCUACUACUACUGCCUCUGCAACCACCACGACAUCAGCAGCCCCAACUUAA